UGCGCAACACAAUUUUUUUUUAUUUUUUUUAAAAAAUAAUUUAAAAAGUAAAUAACAAAAUAUUUUUUUAUUUCAAUAAUUUGUUUUGAUUAAAGUAAGACCAAAUCUUCUUAGUCUUCUUUAUAAAUAAAAUUUAUAUGGACCUAACUACCAUGCAAUUUCUCGUUCUAGGUCACUAAAUUAAAUUAAUUACUUACUUUUUUAAAAUUUUAUGUGGAUUUAAUACAUAUAUUGGUUGCAACUGCUUGAUGAUGUUACUGAGCUAUUAGCAAAAGAAAGGAUUUGUGCUUGUUUUGUUUUUCACAGAGAAGCAUGGAUAACAAUAAGGGAAAAGACAAAAGGAGAAGGAUCGAGAAACAAUCCGAUCAGGAACCAAAUCGUAAAAAGCAGAGAGAGGACGACGCCACAGAGGAGGAGGUGGAGGAAUUCUUUGCAAUUCUGAGAAGGAUGCAGGUAGCCGUUAAGUAUUUCGAGAAAGGAAAUGGAGAAGGAUGGCGAGCUGCUGUCGAAGCCGAGGUUGUUGCGGUGGUCGGUGAUGGUGAUGGUGAUGGUGAUGGCGCUCGUAAGGAUGAGAAGAUUAAGAUCAGAAAGGAAGCGGUUGUUGAGGAGGAAGCUGUACUUUUGGAUUUAAAUGCCUUGCCGGAGGUGGAAACUCAUGAGGCAUGAGAUUUCCGCUGGUUGUUCAGAUCUCGGCCGCCGAAUAGAUGGCGGAUGAGCAGUUCCCGUCGCGAGUUUAACCGCCUGUUAUACAUGAGAGUAGGUCUUUGUUUCUUUCUUUUCCUAAUAUGUUAUUUUAUUUUAUUUUUUUCAAUUACGAGUUCUGUUUAAUAAUUAGACUUAUUAUGAUAUUUACUAAGAUAAAAUAAUUAAUUGUAAUAGACCUGAAGAAAUACAUGUAAUAGUAAUAUAGUGUCGUAUGAUACUUGACUAAUUCUCAUUUAAGAGAAUUUUUAUGACUAUAUUUUAAUGUGAUUAUAAUCUCUCUCUUUUUUUCUUA